AUGGUUAGAAAACAAAUUAACGAUAAUACAACGAAACGUGGUCGUAUCAUUAAUACAACUCACAUGAUACCUUAUGACCCAAUAUUACUAUCCGAUGUAAAGGAUGAUAAAUAUCAAUGGGAUUUAAAGCCACGAGACGAUUAUUCUGCUCUUUAUUCUGGUGUCAGUUCUUUAGAUUCGGAAUGGGAGAAUUAUCAUGUUGGUUUUAUUGGUCCUGUUUAUGAAAAUCCCGAAAAAAGUAUCGAACCAAGUGGACAAACAGACAAAUUAAAAGCAAGUUUGGUAAAGACCUUGGCCGAAAAAAAAAUUGUACCUGUUUUUCUUGAUGAUGCAGAACAUCAUGGACAUUAUGAAGGUUAUUGUAAAAUUGUAUUAUGGCCGUUAUUUCACUAUAUUUUAUGGGACACUGCCACUGAUGGUAGAAUAGAAGCAUUAAAUUGGAUGAAUUAUGUAAAGGUUAAUCAACGAUUUACUGACAAAAUUGUGGAAAUAUAUAGACCUGGUGAUUUAGUAUGGGUUCAUGAUUAUCACCUUUUGCUGGUUCCUCAAAUGUUACGUGAAAAGCUUCCUGAAGUAACAGUUGGACUUUUUGUUCAUACGCCAUUUCCUAGUUCUGAAAUUUUUCGAUGUUUAUCAAAAAGGAAUGAAAUAUUGAAUGGAAUGUUAGGUGCCAAUCAAAUAGGAUUUCAGACAUAUUCAUAUUCAAAACAUUUUAUAAGUAGUUGUACUCGUGUUUUAGGAUAUGAAUCUACGCAAAAUGGUGAAACCAGCAAAGAUAAGCAUAUAGCAGGCACUAUUGAUGCAAGAGAUUCAAUAGUAACUAUAGGAACAUUUCCAAUUGGGAUUGAUGCUGAGAAAGUUGAAGAACAAAGAAAACUCCCUGAAGUUGUGACAAAAAUGGAAGUGAUCCAAGAAAUGUAUGCUGAUAAGAAGAUAAUUGUUGGUAGAGAUAAGUUAAACCAAGCCAAAGGCGUCAUUCAAAAACUAGUUGCUUUUGAAAAUUUUUUAUCAUUGUAUCCAAUAUGGCAUAAUAAAGUAGUUUUAAUUCAAGUCACUACACCCGCACUUAGUGAUUCACCAAAAUUAGAGCGCAAGGUUUCAGAACUUAUUGCUCAUAUAAAUGGCAAAUAUGGCUCAUUAGAAUUCACACCUGUACAUCACUAUCAUAACAAUAUUGCUCAGGAUGAAUAUUAUGCGCUUUUAAGUAUAGCAGAUAUUGGUCUUAUAACAUCAAUUCGUGAUGGAAUGAACACUACUUCAUUGGAGUAUAUAGUGUGCCAACAAGAAAAUCAUGGAUCUUUGAUAUUAAGUGAAUUCACUGGAAUGGCAGGUUCACUUGAUGAUUUGAUUAUGGUUAACCCUUGGGAUUACACUGGUGUAGCAAAUGCAAUCAACGAUGCAUUAAACUUAUCACCUGAAGGGAAAAAAGAAAGACAUAUGCAACUAUAUAAACAUGUUACUACUCAUACUGCUCAAUUUUGGGCAAAUUCGUUUGUUGAAGAGCUUAAAAAAUCAAUAAUAAAUCAAGAACAAUCAAGCAUUGGUACUUUAACUCCUAUUGUUCUGACUCCAAGUGCUGCAAUCCCAAAGGCUGAUACCUUAAAAGGAUUAAAGGAACUUGCAGAUGAUCCUAAAAAUAAAGUUUGGAUAAUUUCAGGACGUGAUACUUAUGCAUUAGAUAAAUGGCUUGGUGGCAUUAAAAAACUUGGAUUUAGUGCUGAACAUGGUGGUUUUAUAAAAAGUCCCGAAAGUGAUGAAUGGAUUAACCUUAUGAAAGAUAUUGAUAUGAGUUGGAAAGAUGAUGUACUUGAAAUAUUCACAUAUUAUAAAGAACGCACUCAAGGAUCAUUUGUAGAACAUAAAAAUUCUUCGAUUACUUGGCAUUAUCGUCAAGCAGAUCCUGAAUAUGGAGCAUUCCAAGCUAAAGAAUGUCAAAAUCAUCUUGAAAGUGCAAUCAUUCCCAAAUUACCAAUUGAGAUACUAUCAGGUAAAAAAAAUCUAGAGGUUAGACCUACAAUCACAAACAAGGGUGAAAUUGUAAAGUAUCUUUUGGAAAGUCAUCCGGAUGUUGAUUUUGUAUUUUGUGCAGGCGAUGACAGAACAGACGAAGAUAUGUUUAAAGCAAUAAAAAAGUCUCAUUUACCAGAUGAUAGUUAUUUUUGCACAAUGGUUGGUUCUGCAAAUAAAAAAACUUUGGCUGGAUGGCGUGUCAAUUCACCCCAAGAUAUUAUUCAAACCAUUAAGAAAAUGGUUCAAACAUCAAGCUAA